AUGAGACUUAACACUCUGCUCCUAGCGUGCGGCCUUUCGGCAUCGUUUCGGGGUGUUGACGCUGAGAGUCAGCUCGAUAAAACUAUCGCGGCUAUUUGGGAUGACUUCAAGAACGCAGUAAGCUGUGGUACUUGCCAGACUCUCCUUGGUAGCCUUAAAGUUGCCUCCGGAUUGGGCGAAAAGUUCAUGAUUGACGUAUUCACUGGGCUGUGCACCGUCAGUGGGGUCGAGGAUCCAGAUGUCUGCUCUGGGAUCAUCAAGAAGGAAGGACCGGCCCUAUACGAUGCUUUUAAAGCGUUACGUCUUAACUCGGAUGCCUCUAAGACACUGUGCGCCAGUUUGCUCGGGCUAUGUGAGCAUCCUGAAGUUCAUUCUUACAACCUCACAUUCCCCAAGCCCAAGCCAGAGACCACGAGACCGCCACCUAGCGGCAAGUCGCCGAUCAAGGUUGUCCAUUUCAGUGACACGCACGUGGAUCUACUUUACGAGACUGGCGCCAACUACGAAUGCUCUAAGCCUGUCUGCUGCAGGACUUACGAUGAUAAAGAUGCACCCGGCGUCACAGAAACACCAUGUGGACCAUACGGAAACACACAUUGUGACCCGCCCAAAAGACUUGAGGAUAGCAUGCAUGACGCUAUCGCAGAUAUCAAUCCAGAGUUCUCUAUUUACACCGGCGACGUGAUCGCCCAUGACGUGUGGCUGGUAGACGAGGCGAAAGUGCUGGAGGGGUUGAACUCAACGUACAGUUCAAUGGAAAGGGAUAUCGGCACCGUGUACGCUGCUAUCGGUAACCAUGACACCGCGCCACUCAACCUCUUCCCCCCAACUAGCAACGAGGACGACCCACAAUGGGCAUACAAUGCUCUGGCAGAGGAUUGGUUUGCACUAACAGGGCUUACCUCCGUGCACAACGCAAAUCAAUAUGGCUCCUACUCAGCAGUCCAUCCCGGCAGCAAUCUGCGCAUCAUUUCCUAUAACAGCGUCUUCUACUAUAUCUACAACUUCUUCAUGUACGAAGAGCCAAUGGAGAAAGACCCACGUGGACAGCUUCAAUGGCUCAUUCAGGAGCUGCAAGCCGCCGAGGACGCAGGCCAACGGGCAUGGCUGAUCGCACACAUCCCAUCCGGUGUGACCGAUCACUUCCGCGAUCAUUCAGAAUAUUUCGACCAAAUUGUGCAGCGGUACGAGGCCACCAUCGGAGCAUUAUUCUUCGGUCAUACACACAGGGAUGAGUUCCAGAUCGCAUACUCCGACUACAACAAUCGAAACUCAAACACUGCCACCGCCAUGGGCUAUAUCGCUCCAGCGAUGACUCCGGACCAUGGCUCGCCCUCUUUCCGUGUCUACGAGAUUGACCCAGUCACCUUCGGAGUCCUGGAUUACACUCAGUACAUCGCCAACAUCAGCGACCCGUCGUUCCAGGUGAAGCCGAAAUGGGAACCCUACUACUCCGCCAAGGCAGACUACGGAUCCAAGAUCUCUCCUCCGGUCACAGAUUCGAAGUCCGAGAUUACCCCGGCGUUCUGGCACAAUGUUACCGUUGCCAUGGAACGCGAUCCAGCUAUUUUCCAAGAGUUUUGGUCGCGACGCACGCGCGGACACGAGGUCGAGGCCUGCGACGAUGAAUGCAUGGAGCGUCGGAUCUGUCUUCUACGUGCUGCGAAUGCGCAGUAUAACUGUGAUGAUAAGCCCAAGCCGUUUGAAUUCUCCAAGCGCGAUGGCGAGGAUGUUUUGGUAGAGAGAGAGCGUCGUAUUGACUGCGAUCAUGCUGGGUUGGCGACAAUGGUGUCCAAGAUGGCGUAUCGGGCUAAACUUGACAAGGAGGUUAAGGCUUGA